UUAUACAGUUGAACAAAGUGGCUGGUAUCAUGGCAUCAGAAUCGGUAAACUUUCCCCGUGGAGGACGUUUCCACCAAAAUAAGGACAUACAAGUGCACAAGACUGAAGAAAAAGACUUGUUUACGGUUCACAACAAGGAAGAGAAAGAAGACAAAAGUAGAAAAAGAGAUUUAAAAGGCAUAAAACGUCUAGCAGAACCAGAAACAAAUGUUACAAAAAAGUGCAAACCUGGAAGUGUUGUCUUGAAGACGGGUGUUGGAAAGAUAGAACCGCUUCAUUUUCAGGAGGUAAAUGUGGGCAUGGUGAUUCUGGGAUGUGUGCAGAAGGUCGACAGCUACACCCUGCGAGUCGGGUUGCCGGGCGGACUGAAAGGUGUGGUGCCUAUCACGGCUAUUUCAGAUGCAUAUAAGGAGCAAUUGGAGGCCCUGGCUAAUACCAGUGAUCCGCCAAAUGUUUUAGAAAAUGUUAGUGGCCUGAAAGAUCUCUUUACGCCAGGAAUGAUUUUGCCAGGCCAGGUGACGGACGUGAAAGCUUUUAAAAGGCAUAUCACUCUCUCCAUUAAUCCAAAAGAUGUGAACCAUGGAGUGUCCAGUAAAAAUCUUCAAAAAGACAUAAUUGUGUUUGGCUGUGUUUCGAGUUGUGAAGACCAUGGAUACAUGGUGGAUCUUGGAGUGAAGGGAAGUUGUGCAUUCCUGGCAAACAAGGAGGCCAAACCAUUAAUCCAGGCCUUGACUGAAGGAAACCCACUCUCAGUUGGUCAGAGUUUGUGGUGUCAGAUUGUAGUGCCAGAAAGUUCUCAGUCGAAUGAGACUAGAACAGUACAAGUCACAGUUGAUCCUAAAAAAGUCAAACAAGGAAAGGUGGAAAGUUCUUCUGGCCUUGUGAUGAGUAAUUUGGUCCCAGGAAUGAAGGUCAUGGCGCAUGUGAAAGAGGUUAGAGAGGAUGGUCUGUCUGUCAGCUUCCUCUCGUACACUGGAACAAUACAUAAAACACAUCUACCUGGCAGUCUGCAGACAUACCACAAGAAAGACAAGAUUUCUGCCUGUAUUUUGUACAUCAACCCAACAUCUAAAGCUAUUUCCUUGUCAGCGCUGAGCAGUCUGGUUGAAUACAGUGGUAUUCCUGUGAAGAACCAGUUUUCGGGAUUGUCUAUUGGUGAUAUUAUUGACAAAGCAGAGGUUUCCAACAGACUGAAGAAAGGAGGACUGUACUUCAAGCUGCCAGACAACAACAAAGGUUAUGCUAGUGUGAGACAUCUCAGUGAUGCCAUAGUUGAUGUAAUGGCAGACAGUUUUAAAACUGGUUCAUCUCACAGAGUUCGAGUUAUUGACUACAACAGGCUAGAUGGUCUUGUGUUAGUGUCAUUGAAAGAGAGUGUCCUCAAACAACGGUUUAUGCUGUCGACAGAUAUAAAACCUGGAAUGCUUGUUGAUUGCACAGUGUUAGGAAUUAAUGACAAUGGUGUAUCUGUGAAUGUGACAGACAAAAUAAAGGCGUUCAUCCCCACGAUUCACUUGGCAGACAUACCCAUAAAGAAACCAGAGAAACGCUUUACUGUGGGCAAGAAACUCCAAUGUAGAGCUUUGUGUGUGAGAGAGUCCAGCUUAACUCUGACUCACAAGAAAUCGCUGGUGAAAACUAAGCUGUCGAUUGUGACCUCAUAUGAAGAUGUACAGCGCAAGAUGGAGUUGGAUGGAGUCAUUGUAAUGAUAACAGAAAAAGGGGUGCUCGUUGCAUUCUUCAAUGAUGUCAAGGGAUGGGCAACUCGGAAAAAUAUAAGUGAUGAGGAAGAUGUGAACCCAACUGAGCUGUUCACCAUUGGACAGAUGAUUCGUUGCUGGGUUAUGAGAUGCAGCCCCGAGCACCAGAGGAUUUCCCUGUCAUUUAAGUUUGGCCCUGCACGAUUGAAGAUAGACAAAGUGCCAUCAACUAAAACAUGUGUUCUUCAGCUUGGAGAGACUUAUAAAUGCAAAGUUUUGAGGAAGAUUACUGAUGGAAUUGAAAUAGAAGUCAUUCCAUCUGGUUACAGUGGAUUCAUUCCCAUGAUGUAUCUCUCCGAUUCAGAAGAUCUGUGCACACUGCUGAUGAAUCAGUUAUCUGACGGAGACGAACUGGACAGAGUGAUGUUUUUCAGUAAAAAAACUAAAAAUAUAUUUACCAUGAAGAAAACACAGUUGGAUGCUGCUGAAGAUGAGGCUAUUCCCAAGAAUUUCUCUUCUCUCAAGGUUGAUAAGAUUCUGCCAGGCGUGGUGAAGUCACACAAAGAAUACAGCAUGUUUGUGGAAUUUGCAGGAGGUCUUCGAGGACUUGUACAUUCUAGGAAAAUAGAUGUUUUCAAGAAGGAGGAUGUUCCCCACCUGUUCAAGGAAGGCCAGUCUGUAAUGUUCAAGGUGACUCGAGUCAAUUCUGAAAAGAACAAUUUUGGUGGCAGUCUGACACUUAGAGACUGUUAUUCAGGAAACAUUGACACCUCACUGGUCCAGCUGAAACAGUACCUCGUUGACAGGACUGAAUGCUUCAGAAAUGUUACUUCAGGAGUUUGUAAGCAAAUGAAGUCCUACAAAGUUGGCAGUGUUGUGUCAAUAACCAUCACAGACAUCACAACGAAAGGAAUCAUUUGCCACUUUGAUGACAAUAUACCUGGGUAUGCAACGAAAGAUCACCUGAGAGGUGUGACAGCUAGAGUUGGUGGUAAGCAUGAUGCUCUGGUGUUGGAUAUUUUGUUAACUAAAAGCUGUAUAGAAGUCCUCCUUGACAAGUCUGUUGUCCACAAUGUUAAGAAACUGAAGGACACACAUCAAUCAAAGGCCAAGGUUGGACAGGUCAUAAAGGCUGAAGUGCUGUUGGUGAAAAAGGACUACGUCUUGGUAGAGUUGAGAAAUCAUGCUGCUGGGCGACUGGCUUACAUUCCUGCCAGAAAACACAUCAAUGAUGUGCUUGGACCUCACUGCUUCAGUACUGACGAACUGAGAAAAGUUCUAAUCAAAGAUGAGGUAGAAGGUAUACCAAUUGGUGUACUACAUGACUGGUGCACUGACAAAACCAACACAAAAAUCAGUGUGACGUCUGCCCAAAUUAAAAUGACGAGCAAACAAAAGAGUCACAAGGGAGAGGAUAAUAAAGAGGAAGAUCAUGAAGAAGAUACAACUGAUGAAGAUGAUGAUGAUGAUGAUGCCAAAAAAAGUGAUUCUGUUGAAAAGGACCUAUUCUGUUGUCCAGUCAAAGUGGGGCAGAUAGUUGAGGCCAAAAUAACAAAAGUAAGGAAGUUUCAGCUGGACGUUGAUGUUAAAGGCGUCAAAGGACGUGUCCACAUCACGGAAGUCGCUGACAAGAUUAAAAAUGGUGCGUGUCCAUUGUUAAAAUAUCAGCCAGACAAACUCAUUACUGUGACUGUCGUUGGCAUGACAACCAUUCAGUGUGGAAGGUACAUGCCAAUAUCUCGAAGUAGUCACAAGAAAAUCAUUCCAGAAUGUAGCAUCAAGUCAAGUAAACUGGAGACGGCAAAACUAAAGAAAGUGAAAGAAGUAAAAGACAACUACCAAGUGGGAGAUUCAGUAGUGGCUUUUGUUUCAGAGUUCUCGCACCACAAUCUGUGGAUGAUGGUUUCUCCAACAGUCACCGGCAGAAUUUAUGAACUAAACAUCAGUGAAGACUGUACUGUACUGCAGAAACCGGAAUUGCAUUUCAAACCUGGACACGGCUAUAAUGCAACUGUUGUGGGUAUUGACGAGGAUGGCAAGCUUGAAUUGUCACUGACAGGACAUAAAGAAAUCCCUGCUGAGAAUUGCGUAACGAGAGGCCGAAUUCUACAAGUGCACAAUUGUUUCUUGCUCAUUCAGCUGGCGUAUGGGUACAGGGGGAGUGUCUGCAUCACUGACACCCGUGAUUCGUUCAGAGACUCUCCGUGUGAACACUAUAAGCCUGACGACUUUGUGCGGUGCUAUGUGUUGAAGAUCAACAAGAAGAACAAAACUAAAUGUGUUCUCUCCUUAAGAAAGUCUAGAAUGUGUCCUUCCCAGUCAUACAUCACAGACCCAGAAGUUACAUGUCUGAGUGAUCUGAAAAAAGGCCAGGUUUUGAGAGGUUACAUUUCUGCUUGUCAGCCAGAGGGAGUUUCCGUGCAGUUGGGUCGUAAGAUCUUGGCACAUGCUGAUAAUAAACAUUUAUCUGGACACACAACCACCCCAACUCCAGCCGUUUUCUUCCCAGGAAAGUGUGUGAAGGUGAAAAUAUUAAGUUUAAAAGGUAAAACCAUUGAAAUCUCACUGAAAGAAUCUGACAUAGAAAUGGCACAAAAGAGAAAAGCUGAAAUGCCUGAAGACACAAAGGUUCCGAAGAAACGUAAAACCAGUGUAGAUAGUGAUAGUGGUGUGGAUUUGAAACGAGAAUCAGAUUCAGACACAGAAAUGCAGGUUCUACCAAAGCCAUCGGAAGUUGCAAAUGUUCCCAGACUGAGUGUCUCUUCUAGUUUCUGUUGGGAUGAGGAUUUCUCUCUCCCCACACCGUCUGCUGCCGACCAGAUGGAGAACAGUGAUGAGGAGACUGAUGAUCAUUCACCAGGUAGAAGAAAGAAGUUAAAAUAUUUAACACCAAAAGAGGAAGAAGAAAUGAUUCUUGCUUAUGAGAGACGGCAGCUGGAAGGUGACCUAGCACCUCAGACAGCCGAUGAUUUUGACCGACUGGUCCUGCAGUCACCGGACAGCUCUCUGGUGUGGUUGCGCUACAUGGCCUUUCACCUGGAAACCACAGAAAUAGACAAAGCACGAAGCGUUGCUGAGAGAGCUCUGAAGACAAUUUCAUUCAGGGAGGAACAAGAGAAAAUGAAUGUAUGGGUAGCAUAUUUGAAUCUGGAAAAUAUGUCUGGAACCCCUGAAUCGCUCAAGAAGGUUUUUGACCGUGCCGUCCAGUACAAUGAACCCAUCAAAGUGUAUCAGCAGCUUGUCAGCAUCUAUAUCAAGUCAGGAAAACUGGAGGAAGCUGAACAGUUGUACAACACUAUGGUGAGAAGAUUCAGUCUUUACAAAGACAUAUGGCUGGGAUUUUGUCUUUUCUUCUUCAACAACAACCGUUUGGAUUCGGCUCGCAAACUCUUACAGAGGUCACUCAAAAGCUUGGGGAAAAAAGAUCAUGUAGAGAUGAUCUCCAAGUUCGCUCAAAUGGAGUUCAAACAUGGAGAAGCCGAGAGAGGGCGCACAAUGUUUGAAAGUAUUCUCGUCAACUAUCCCAAGAGGACGGACUUGUGGUCAGUGUUUAUCGACAUGGUUGUCAAAACUGGCGACGUCAGUGCUGUGAGGCAGUUAUUUGAGAGAAUUAUCCACCUCAAGUUUUCAACCAGAAAAAUGAAAUUCUUUUUCAAAAAAUAUGUCGAGUUUGAAAAGAAGUAUGGUGACAAUACAACUGUGGAACAGGUCAAACAAAAGGCUUUGGACUAUGUGGAAUCUCAGGGCUAUGUUGAGAAUUAACAGACUGCUGUGUUCGGAGUCAAAUUAUUGGCAGUGCAUACAACUAAGUGAAUUGAAUAUACAGUACAUUGUGUUGGCUUGUACCAGUUUCCUUUGGGAAAUAGCCAUGACAACUAGUAUAAAUUGAUAUGUGUUGUCUAAGAAUGGGUGAAUAUUUUAUGUUAUAAGAAUAAUGAGUGAAUGAUGUAUCAUAUAAAGUUAGUACCCAAAUUGUGUAAAAUAACUGUGGUAUUCGUUAAACAAGUACUUUUUUGUACUUUGAAUUUACUGAUGGUGCAAUAAAACAUUAUUUGUAGGAUUUGUGAGGAACUAAUUGUGUGGUGGUAAUUAAUUAUGAAGAUUUUCAGGAGGAAGAUAAUUGAUUAUUUCUAGUGAAAAAAAAAACAGUUUAUUUUCUAAUGGGCAAGUUUAAUAAAAGAUAAUCAUCUAUAUUUAUUUUAGAUGUAUUUAAGUUUAAGACACGGACAAAGACACAGACAAAAUAAAGUGUAUGCACAUGACUAAACGCAUGGGUCCAGUUGUUCAAAGCAUAAUUAAAUUAACCCUGGGUUAGUCUUAAUAUUUUCCUUUUAAUUAUUUUUGCACAAAUACAAAAUAAACUUCAAAUUUGAUUAUGAAUAGAUACCUUUGAAUAACUCAAGACUCAGCAUUGUUUUCAAACAUUAUUUGUAUUGAUUCAUUCCUUGGUUUUGAACAUUUCUGUUAACCACAGGUUAAGGUAAGUAACGUUUGAACGACCAGCCCAUGGAAAUAUUGUAAAUGAUUACAUAUAUAAAGCUAUUUACGAAAGUUAUAUGUGACUAAGGGAUCAAUACUUUUUUGUAAACUUUGACCUUCAACAUUAUUUUGUAACAAAAUUAUUGAAUAUGAUUUAAUUCCAUUUUUAUAUUUAUAUAUCAUGAACGGAACAUUGUUUUGUUUCUAAUAAAAAGUAUGUGACAUGAA